AUGAAUGCGUUAAUAUUUCUGAGUUGCCAGUGGAGUACUCGGGCAAAAGCUUUCUUUACAUGUAAAAAGCAAAGUGAUAUCAAGUUUGCCCAAGUUAUCAAAAUUAUUCCUGCACUGCAUAAAGGGAAAGGUGAAUUAUGUGACCUACAUCACAGGGACGGAGAAAUUUCAUUUUUUUACCAAAAGAAAAAAUACGUGUGGGAUUUUGAUAAAAAGAUGUUUAACAAAUUACGUUAUCCCGCCGAUCAGAAUCCUGUUGUUUCAAUUUUUCAGAAUGCUAAAGGUCUCGAGACUGUAAAUGAAAUUAAAUCAGUUCAAGAAACAUAUGGGUUUAACAGAUUCGAUAUUCCGGUACCAACAUUUCGAGAAUUGUUCAAGGAACACGCGGUUGCUCCUUUCUUUGUUUUCCAAUUAUUUUGUGUUGGUCUCUGGAUUAUGGAUGAAUAUUGGUAUUACUCAUUAUUUACGCUAUUCAUGCUUGUAGUGUUUGAAUCAACUAGAUUGAAGACACUAGCCGAAUUUCGAUCAAUGUCAUUCAAACCUUUUCAAAUUCAUGUAAGGAGAAAAGGUCGUUGGGUGACCGUUAAUUCGGACGAGUUACUGCCUGGUGAUCUGGUUUCUAUAGUACGUUCUAAGGAAGAUAAUGGUGUUCCUUGUGAUAUGGUUCUUGUGAAUGGUACUUGUAUAGUUGAUGAGGCCAUGUUAACUGGAGAAUCAACACCAUCAUUGAAGGAAUCAAUACAUCUUCGUGACGGCAACGAUGUGAUUGACACUAGCGGCAUUGUAAACAAAUAUAGUCAAUUAUUUGGUGGUACAAAAGUUCUUCAAAUUACCCCUCCUUCUAAAGAAGAGACGACGUUAUCUCCUCCGGAUAAUGGAUGUAUUGCUUAUGUUAUCCGUACUGGAUUCGGAACUGUGCAGGGUAAACUCGUGCGUACAAUGGUUUACAGCACGGGACAUGUAUCUGCAAACAAUCUUGAAUCCUUCUUCUUUAUUAUAUUUUUGUUGAUCUUCGCUAUUUCCGCAGCUGGAUAUGUUUGGGUUAAGGGUGUCGAAAAUGAUCGCAAGAGAUCAAAGUUAUUACUUGAUUGUAUUUUAAUUAUAACAUCAGUCGUUCCACCAGAAUUGCCCAUGGAACUUUCCUUAGCCGUUAACACCUCUCUGGUUGCAUUAUCUAAGUUUGCUAUUUAUUGCACUGAACCAUUUAGAAUUCCUUAUGCUGGAAAAGUUGAUGUGUGCGCGUUCGACAAAACUGGUACCUUAACAAGAGCUAAUCUUGUGGUCGAAGGCGUUGCUGGUAUCCACCCCGAGGAUUCUAAGAAACUGAAAGUAACAUUAGAAGCGUUGGAAUGGAAGCUUGAUAAAAAUAAACGUGACACUGUAAUUCCACAAUCCCAAAGAUUUCAAUCGAGAUCGCAAUUGCAAAUACAUCGUCGAUUCCUAUUUUCUUCUGCUCUCAAACGUAUGUCCAGUGUAUCUACAGUGACUACGCCUCGAGGGAAAAAAACAUUUAUUGCUGUUAAAGGUGCUCCCGAAACUCUUCGUCAGAUGUACCUUUAUGUACCUGAUGAUUAUGAGGAAACCUUCAAGUUUUUCACUCGACGUGGGAGUCGUGUGUUGGCUCUUGGCUAUAAGUAUUUGGAGGAUAACAUGACUAUUGACAAGAUUAAUGGUCUUCUACGUGAAGAUGUCGAAAGCGAACUUAAUUUCGCAGGAUUCCUCGUUUUUCAUUGUCCACUGAAGGACGAUGCUGUUUCCACUCUUCAAAUGCUAAACGAAUCAUCACAUCGAGUUAUAAUGAUUACCGGUGACAAUCCUUUAACUGCUUGUCAUGUGGCUCGUGAGGUGAAAAUUAUCGAAAGAGACGUUUUGAUAUUGGAUAUUCAAGAAGACGCAAAAAAACUUGUUUGGAAGUCGGUUGAUGAGAAAAUCAUGAUACCUGUAAAUCCCAUCGAACCAAUUGAACGAUCUGUAUUCCGCGAUUAUGAUAUUUGCGUAACAGGUGCUGCAUUGUCCCAGUAUGAAAACAAACCAUCCGUUAGAGAGUUGUUGAGAAAUACAUGGGUAUAUGCUCGCGUGUCACCUGGGCAGAAGGAAUUUAUAUUAACUGAACUUAAAAAAGCUGGGUACACAACAUUGAUGGUCGGUGAUGGUACAAAUGAUGUGGGUGCUUUAAAACAGGCUCAUGUAGGUGUUGCCUUGCUUAACGGCACGCCAGAAGAUCUUAAAAAAAUCGCCGAACGUCGACCGAGACAUGCACCACGGGUUGAUCAAAUUGCCGAACAAUUACUACAAGACUUUGAUGAUGAACCUCCAAGCAUUAAAUUUGGAGAUGCAUCUGUUGCUUCUCAUUUUACUUCGAAACUUUCAAACGUUUCUGCCAUCGCAAAUAUUAUACGUCAAGGUCGAUGUACACUUGUCGCAACUAUACAGAUGUACAAAAUUUUGGCCCUGAAUUGCUUAAUUUCGGCCUAUAGUCUUAGUGUAUUAUAUUUAGAUGGAAUUAAAUAUGGUGAUGCUCAAGCAACCAUUUCUGGAAUGUUACUUGCCGUUUGUUUUCUUUGUAUUUCUAAGGCUAAGCCCUUGGAGAAACUUAGCAAACGACGACCACAAACCAAUAUCUUUAAUUUCUAUAUAAUCUUUUCCAUAUUGGGCCAAUUUGCAAUUCAUAUUGCUUCAUUAAUUUAUAUAGUCGAUUUAGUAUUUAAACACGAGGAAAAGAAACCUGUUGAUUUAGAAGGCGAAUUCGAACCAAGUUUAUUAAACACGGCAGUAUAUUUGAUAUCGUUGUCUAUGCAAGUUUCAACAUUUGCCAUCAAUUUUCAGGGACAUCCUUUCAGAGAGAGUCUGAGAGAGAACAAAGCACUUUUUUAUGGUUUAGUUUCAGUUGCAGGAAUUGCUUUUGCUGGAGCCUUGGAAAUAGUUCCCGAAAUAAAUAGUCUUUUACAACUGGUUCCUCUUUCGAAUGAAUUUAAAUUUAAACUUGUGAAUACUAUGAUAAUUGAUUAUUGCGUUGCGUGGUUGAUUGAAUUAGUUUGCGAAUAUUUAUUUGCAAAUAAUAAGCCCAAGGAUAUUGCUCAAAGAGAUAAAAAAAAUUAG